UGCAUAAAUGCUUGUAAGGUCAAUGAAGCCAUUAAUGGUCUUGACAUUAACAUUCCACAACAGACGAAUGAAAUGAGGGCCAUGUCUAAGGACGAAGCCAAAUCUUAUGUAUGUAUCGCUUACAUAAGUAAGGGUACCGCUGGAGUGUUAAUUGAUGGGAUAAAACCAGGACGGAGAACUUACAAGACGUACAUGCCAACG